AUGGCUUCGUCGGUAGCGCAGGAGGUUGCGGAAGAUGGCAAUACGCAGCGUGCCCCUAAAUGUACCCCACCAGAGCUCCUUUUAAAGGUGGUUUUGGCAGGGACUUUGAGCCAUUAUGAAACUCGUGGGAUGAUUGACGAUAAGAGACUGGAGCAUAUGUUACUUGCGGGCAAGCAAAUAUUAUACAAAAGUCACCAGGAAAGCGACGUAAGACAAAAUCUAGGAUUCUCGCCUGCUAUAUGGCAGGGGCUUACUGAUGUGCUCACUAAAGCUAUUCCCGUCCUUGAAUCCCAAUCGUUCGCCUGGAAGAACCCCUCAUCAGCAAACUAUGAUGGCUCCUCGUCCAACCUGAUCGCUUAUAACUAUUUUCCGUUGGUUAAGGAUAUCGAGAGAUUGAACGAUUUGUGCACGAUCGCACGGAACCUACUUGCAACCACCAAGAAGGCGCAAAAUCUAGCUGCUGAGAAGGGAUUCGACCAGCGAAUUUUGAUGCUCAUUGAUACUUGCGUUAGGGUGACAGCAAGAGGAUAUGAUGGAGAAAGCAACGCGAGAAACGAGGAGAGAUGGCAAAAGGUCGUCAGCCUCUACAAACGCUUGCUGAUUACCUGCCUCCAAUUUCUCCAUAAUUUUAUUAUGCACAAUGAGCACCGAAAACUUGUCCUCUGGCUGGAUCUUUUUGGCUAUCACCAGAAUGGCGAAUCCAGCAUUAUCACUCAUAUGGAACCGCUGGAUCAAUCGAAUACCGCCGCUCAAGGGCUUGCGCCGGUUGUUAGAGCUGGCGAAAGGCUCGUAAACCCACCGCUUAGGACUCUUUAUGAUCAAACUGCAGAAGACUUAUUAUUAGAAACCAUCUCGUCCUUCCCACGAGAACCAGCAACAAUAAAGGAGGAGGCCGCCAUGUUGCUAUUAGCUAAUAUUAAGGAUCACAUGGAAAAACUUCUUGGCCGGAAUCUGAAAGAAAUUCAGCAAAUGGGCAAAGAUCCAGAGCGUGUUAAAGAAAUCCGUGCCGCUCUUACAGCCAUUCUAGGCGCAAAGGUUGACGGCUGGGCAGAUUUAAAUGAUCGUCAAACAGGCCCGUCUCGGGUGGAGGAGGAGCCUACUCGCAAGAAGCCAAUUUUAAGUAUUGACAGAAGUGCCACAGCAGGGUUCCCACGUACUUGUUGGACCGAUUUCCCGAAUCUUGAUGAGUAUGGCGUUAUAUCUGCAGUUGAUGCGCCAGUAACUGCUGAGGACAGAACCAUGACGCGUUCUGCACAGUCCGCAGCUGAAACCCUCCAGGAAGCUAAGGAUGAGCUUAUGACGCGCCUCCAAGAAACUUCACCCAUUCUUACUGAGGGUGAACAUAACUAUGAUGGUAUGGAUCGCAGCGGGGUUGCAGAUGAUGAUUCUCGAAGCUUAGAAGCAGUUGCGGAUGGAAGUGUUGAGGAAGAGGAGGACGAGGAGGACGACGACGAUGAUUAUAGGGGGCGUCCAGGAGACCAGCAACGGGGCUUAUUGACUGAUAUUCCCUUGGUUUUGGGGCCUGCAGAAAUUGAGGCACUCCCUAUGUUAAUCCAAGCUGGUAUCGUGGACAGCUUUGGUCCGAAAGGUGGUCCUAAAACAGGAUCAAAGAACAUGCAAGCUGUCCGUUGCCACAUUUUACUGGCACAAGAGACCGGGCGAAAUCUCCUCAGGGAACUUCUGAUAUUCAUUGCAGCAUGGGAUCUCCCUGAUGAUGAGCUUUAUUUCAAAAUGAUGGUUCAAAUCAUGGAAGCUGUCUUGAACAAUGGCCUUAUGUCACAUGCUUACUCUGAUUUCGGUCAGGCUAAGGAUAUUAUAUCGCCAGCUCAAGCUGUCGUUAUUAAAAUUCUUACCCACAUUUUCCGGUCAAAGUAUUCGCCGCCAAACAUUACCUCUACAACCGAAACCCCCACUGGGAGAAGCUCUGUUGCUGUCACGAAAGUUGACGUGUUGACAGUCCGUUAUAUAUUCACCAUUUUUCGCGGCAACAUCAUUCCAGAGACAUGUGCUUUGAUCUAUCUCCAGGGCCAGAUUCGAGCUGGGCACGCCCUUCCCGAGGAUUUCCCAUUGAAUCUGUGGGAUAUGGAACGGGUUUAUGAAGGAGUAUACCAAUUCCUUGAAUUCUUUGCCGUCUUGACAGAGAAUACUGAAUGGAAGAACCUCCUUGUCCAAUGGGAGAUUGUCUACGACUUAGUUACGUUAAUUAAAGAACUAGAGGCUAGCAUUCCUAAGGGGUCGCUCAGCUCGCUUACACAGGCAGCCGCGGCAGCAGCUUCAAGGCCAUCCCAACAGACGCCAUCUAAUGAACCUCCAGCUUCCGACAACGGCAGCGUUAACACUGCCCCAGUAGCAGUGGAGCGACCAUACGACCCUAACGACUCCGAGCCCAUUGACACCGCCACUGUUGGCGCAGAAUCUAGAGUUCCUUCCCCGCCAAUUGGCAACGAGGACCCUGCUGAAUUCGAAUGGCGCAACCUCAAGAAGCUGGUUAUACUGGUGCUCUCUUCUCUUGUCUGGAAAUGUCCACAAGUGCAGAAUCAGAUUCGAAAGUACGGCGGUAUAGAAACUAUUUUAUCCUGCACGGCUUUUGAUGCGCAUAACCCAUAUAUUAAGGAACAUGCCGUUAUGUGUUUGAAAUUUUUGCUUGAAGGGAAUCGGGAAAAUCAAAAGCUAGUAGAACAGCUAGAAGCUAGAGAAGUCGUCCAGGAUGAUUCGCGGGUAUUAGAGAAGAGCGGAUAUGAAGCUGUUUUGGGCCCGACGGGGAAGCUUUCGCUUCGUACAAAGGAGGUCAAUGGGGCUCCUCCGCAGACUAGCUAG